AUGAGGAGCUGGGGAAGUGACAGCGAGGAGGAGGACCGGAGCCCCCUGCUGACUGAUAACGAUGCGGCCCGGGGAAAUAUCCAGAACUAUCCCCCUGAUAAAGUGCCCAUUUGUUGCUCUGCUCGUUACAACCUGGCAGCGUUGGCAUUACUUGGAUUCUUCAUGGUGUAUGCACUACGGGUUAAUCUGAGUGUGGCGUUGGUGGACAUGAUAAAUUCAACUUCUCAUCAACAAGAAAACAGAAGUGCCAAGGUGUGUCCUGACCAUACAGCUCACACAGGUGUGCCGCACAAUUCUACGGGCAAGAAGUAUAACUGGGAUGCAGAUACCCAAGGCUGGAUACUUGGCUCUUUCUUCUAUGGAUACAUCAUUACUCAGAUCCCUGGUGGAUACGUAGCUGGAAAAUUUGGUGGCAAGCUUCUGCUGGGAUUUGGCAUACUAGGCACUGCAGUAUUUACUCUGUUAACACCACUGGCUGCCGAUUUAGGAGCAGGUUACCUUAUAGCGGUUCGAGUACUUGAAGGACUGGGAGAGGGUGUGACUUUUCCUGCCAUGCAUACCAUGUGGUCCUCCUGGGCACCACCUCUUGAGCGCAGCAGACUGUUAAGUCUUUCCUAUGCAGGUGCACAACUUGGGACAGUUGUCUCUCUUCCCCUAUCUGGGUUGAUCUGUUACUAUCUGGAUUGGGUUUAUGUGUUCUAUAUUUUUGGGUCACUGGGUGUUGUUUGGUUUAUAAUUUGGUACCUAAUAGCUAGCGAUAAUCCACAAACACAUCGCACAAUCUCAGAUACCGAGAGAGAAUAUAUCCUUUCUUCACUCAGAAAUGAACUUUCUAAGAACAAAGAUAUUCCUGUCUGUGCAAUGCUGAAGUCGUUACCCCUGUGGGCUAUAGUUGUUGCUCAUUUUUCUUAUAACUGGACCUUUUACACUUUGCUCACUUUAUUACCUACAUAUAUGAAGGAGAUCCUGCGUUUUAAUGCACAGGAAAAUGGAUUCCUCUCUGCGCUUCCUUACUUGGGAUGUUGGCUUUGUAUGGUCAUUACCGGCUAUAUUGCAGACUUUAUGAGAGAGAGGUUGAACUUUUCAACUGUGGCAGUGCGAAAAACAUUUAAUACAUUAGGAAUGAUUGGACCUGCGGGCUUUCUAUUAGCAGCUGGUUACACUGGUUGUAAUUACACUCUGGCAGUGGUAUUCCUUACACUAUCAACCACACUUGGGGGAUUGAGUAUUGCAGGAUACAAUAUAAAUCAUUUGGAUAUUGCACCUUCAUUUGCAGGACUGCUAAUUGGAAUCACAAACAGUUUUGCCACAAUUCCUGGCAUGGUUGGGCCAGUCAUUGCCAAGAGUUUAACACAUGAUAACACUGUGGAACAGUGGCAGAUCGUCUUCUACAUUGCUGCUGCCAUUAACCUAUUUGGAGCAUUGUUCUUCGCAGCAUUUGCUAGUGGGACAAUACAAGACUGGGCUGUGAGGACUAAUAAAGCCCAGGGAAGCUGA